AUGGAUACUUAUGACAUCAGAGAGGCUAUUAGUGUUUGUGCUGGUAUAUGCCCCUUCAAUUUUCCAAUAAUGAUUCCCUUGUGGAUGCUUCCGGUUGCUGUUACUUGUAGUAACACUUUCGUUCUAAAGCCAUCAGAAAAAGAUCCAAGUCGCGGAGGUUCCGUUGGGAGCAAAUUUCGCAUGUCACUUGGUUUGCUAGUGGCUACCACUGUGAAUUGCGUUGACGACACUGGUUGGACCAGCCUUUUUAGGGGCAAUUUCAUCAAUGUCGUUCGUGUUACUUCCAACAAAGCCAUUGAGUUUAUCUCAGUGGAGAUUGGUGAAUCAACAUUGUUGCACAUAGAGUUUCAUGAAUGUGAAUUAUAUGGGGGCCAACUACUCUGCUGGAUGAAUAUGAACUUUUUUUUGAGCCAUUUACUUUGA